AUGAAGCUUUCGUCAUAUCUGCCGACAGUAUGGCUGGCCAUGCUGUUGGUCCCCACGGCUACAGCUAUCGACUUGGAUAUCCAGAGCGAUGACUCCCUUCGAGAUGCCGCCUCCACGGCCGCCUGGGGUAUGAUGCACUACUACAAGGGCAACGAGUCCGGUCAAACGCCCGGUAAACUCGACGGCACCUGGUGGGAGGCCGGUAUCAUGUUCAUGCACAUGAUCGAGUACUGGCGCGUAACGGACGAUGACACCUACAACGCCGCGUCGACGCAAGGCAUGGUGCAUCAGUCGGGUGAUAAGCAUGACUAUAUGCCCGAUAAUGCGACUAGUUGGCUUGGCAACGACGAUCAAAUGUUCUGGGGCCUAGCGGCUAUCACCGCUGCCGAAAUGCAAUUCCCCGAUCCCAAAGGUGGCCCCUCCUGGCUGUCCCUCGCGCAGGCCGUCUACAACACACAGAUCGCCCGGUGGGACAUGGGGAACUGCGGCGGUGGCUUGCGCUGGCAGAUGUGGAACUGGCUUCCCGGGUGGGAACUCAAGAAUAGUGUCUCCAACGGGGGCUUGUUCCACCUAGCGGCCCGGCUAGCCAUGUACACCGACGACAAGAGGUACAAGGACUGGGCGAUCAAGAUCUGGGACUGGUCGGCGUCUACGCCGCUCCUGAAUGAUCAAACCUGGCACGUCGCCGAUACUGUCAGCAUUGACUCGCAGUGCAAGGAGUCCGGUAACGAGCAGUGGACAUACAAUUAUGGGCACUACAUGACGGGGGCCGCGUACCUCUACAACCUGACGAACGGCGACGAAAAGUGGCUCAAAAGAGUCAACGGCCUCCUCGACUACGGACUCAAGCAGUUCUACCCGCUGAAAUACGAUGGCUUCAACCCCAACGGCCAAACCAUGGUCGAAGUCUACUGUGAGAAAGUCGGAACCUGCGACAACAACAUGAAAACUUACAAAAGUCUGUACACGACGUGGCUCGCCUUCGUGACUCAGAUCGUCCCAAGCACCGCCGAGCGCAUCAUCCCGAAGCUGGAAUCCACCGCGCAGGCAGCCGCGCGCUCCUGCACAGGCCCCAACAACGCAUGCGGCCAGCGCUGGUACAAGGAUAAAUACGACGGCAGCACGGGCAUGGAGCAGCAGAUGAGCGCGCUGGGUGCGUUCCUGUCGAAUCUCAUCGUCCGGUCGAAUAAGCCACCUGUGUCUGCGAAGACGGGCGGCGAUAGUAAGAGUGACCCUAAUGCGGGUAGUGAUAGCGAAAAGGGUGGAAAGAGGAAGCUGGCACCUAUUACUACUGGCGACAAAGCUGGUGCUGCUGUUUUGACGAUCAUUGUUGGUGGAGCGUGGAUCGGGUUGGUGGCGUGGUUGUUUAUUGGAUAG